UAAACCGGGAGACGAGCGAGAGGGGCCCUGGCGGUACCGGAGGGUAAAGACCCGGGCGCUUCGAGGCGGCUCGCCUAAAUGGCCCAGGCGAGUAUCUCGGUGACGGAGAGUCAGUUCCGGUGUCCCAUCUGCCUGGACGUCCUGGGGGACCCCGUGUCCAUCCCGUGCGGACACACGUACUGCAUGGCGUGCAUCAACGGGUACUGGGACCAGGCGGACCCGGGCCAGUUCCGCUGCCCGCAGUGCCGAGAGACGUUCAGCCCGCGGCCGGUGCUGCGCCGCAACACGGUGCUCGCCGAGGUCGUGGGCAAACUCAAGCUCGGCGAGGCGGCCGCGUCGUGCGACGCGCCGCUGGAGCCCUACCGCGGGGCCGCGGGGGACGUGCCGUGCGACUUCUGCCCGGCCGACAACGAGCUGAGGGCCGUCAAGUCGUGCCUGGUGUGCCUGGCGUCUUUCUGCCACCUGCACGUCUUGCCGCACCGCCAGGUGGGCACGCUGCGGCGGCACAAGCUGGUGGCCGCGGUGGAGCGCCUGGCGGAGCGCCUGUGCGCGCAGCACCGCCUGGGCCUGGAGCCGAGCGGCGGCGGCGGCGGCGGCGGCGGCGACUGCGAGGCGGACACCGCGGCCGAGUGGAGCGGCGACUGUCUCCUGUGCGAGUCGGACCAGGAGGAGAUGCACAGCGUGGACGCCCAGAGAGCCCGGAGACAGGUCCAGCUCCAGGAGUCUCAGAGGCUGAUUCAGGGGCGGAUCCGGAGUGGAGAAAGAGAGCUGGAAGAGUUUCAGCAAAGCCUGGAGUCUCUUAAAGUCUCUGCGUCAGCUGUGCUGGAAGACAGUGAAGCUCUAUUUGCAGACAUGGCCCUCCGUCUGGAGAAAACCAAGGCAGAGGUUCGUGCCAGGCUGGAAACAAAGGAAAAGACGAUGGUGGGGCGAGCUGAACGAGACAUAGAAAUGCUCGAGAAAGAUCUGGCGGAGCUGAGGAGGAGAGACCAGGAGAUCACCCAACUCCUAAAAACGGAAGAUAACGCCCAUUUUCUACAGACAUCACCCCUGUUAUGUGUCCCCUUCGCCACCGGACGGCGCCCCAGAGCACUCAGCCUCCCCACAGAGGCUUUCAGCGCGGCCAGGAAAGCCCUCUACCACCUGCGUUCCCGCAUGGAGGAGGUUUCCCGGGAGGAGGUGGACAAGAUCAGCCGCGCCGUGAAUGAGAGCUACGUGUCCGCUGGAGAGUGUGUGAAAGUGGUUCCGGUGUCGUUCCCGCUCUCCACGCUCUCUCUCCAGCCAGCUGACCAGAGGAUGAGGGCAGCUUUUCUCAGGUUUUCCUGUCGUCUGUCACUGGACCCGGACACGGCCCACCCAACCCUCGUUCUGCUGGAGGGCCCCCAGGGGGCACACUGUGGUGAGGAGCCCCAGUCCUACCCCCCUCAUCCCCAGCGUUUUGACUCGGUGGCCCAGGUGCUGUGCCGGGAGGGCCAGUUCGGUGGAGCCAGCUACUGGGAGGUGGAGUGGAAGGGCGGGGGCUGGAUCGACAUCGGCGUGACCUACCGCGGCAUCGGACGCAAGGGGGGCGGCAAACCCUGCCUGCUGGGACGGAACGAGAACUCGUGGAGGCUGAGAUGCACGCACGCCGGCUACGCCGCCUGGCACGACAACCGUAAGACCACAGUGGCGGCAAUGCCCUGCCCCAGGAUCGGCGUGUUCCUGGAGCGGCAGAAGGGGGCGCUUUCCUUCUACAGCAUGUCGGACACAGUGACGCUCCUGCACACUUUCCGCUGUACCUUUUCCCAGCCGCUUUACCCGGCCUUCCGGCUAGACCUCGACUCCACCAUGCUCAUCUGCCCCCAUGAGGCGGCCAAUGGAAACCUGCCCUAACCCAUCACGCACACACACACACACACACACACACACACCAACCACUCAGCCCUUUCGUUUGAGACCGCGUCCAUCCUGCAGUGGAGAAAGUGGGCUGUCCCUCUGCUUAUGUACAUUAUCGUCGAAGAAAUCUUUCGGCACGGAGACGCCACUAUGCAGGCAGACACGGGACAGUCAGGGAUCAGAUACUUUUCUUUUUUAUUCAAAAAUGUCAGUAUGACUUCUUUCUCCUUCCGUCUGUCUUGCCACCGAACCAAAGCAAACACUCGUAGCGAAACACUACCUGUUCUCUAUCAAAAAGGCCUCAUUUGGAGUUUAAAGUUCACUAUGUCUUGCAAAACCUCUGCUUUGGUAAAUAGCUCAUUUUAACAUGCACAAUCACAUAACCUAAUUGUCAUGUUCAUCUUGCCCAGCCAAUACCAGCUGAUGGUUUAAUAAUUACAAUAACAACAACAAA